CUUAAUCCACUGCAGGUACCCACAACCCAGAAUCUGCUCCCAAAACUACCUAAAUAUAUAAAUAUUUCCCCCCAAGUCAUAAUUUUCAAGGAAUCUGCAUUUUAUCAGACGCUUCAAUGAUUCCCACGCAUAUUGGCUGGUUUGAGAAGUCGGCUAUGCACGUUCAAGCCCCGCGAGCCUCACAAAGUUGGCAGGGGCAGCGGGGUCCGAAUCCCGCCCACUGGUGACGAUGCGGUCUCCCGGCCUCUACUCAAAGGUCUGUGGGACGGGUCGCUGCGCCCCCUCGCGGCCGCCGGGGAAGGUGGCCUGAGGCUCGGCCGUUCCAGGGCUUCGAGCGGGGACCUCGCGUACCCGGAAUGGGAGCGACACGCGGAGCGACGCCGGUAGCUCGGAGCAAGGGGUCGUUUGUCCGAUUAUAAAGGGCCUCCGUGCCCUGUGCCCGGGCGUCGAAACGUCACCCCCGUUUGGACCCCCGAGCGCCGCACACUGGACGUGAGGGCCCCGCCCGUCCAGCGCGCGUCAUCUUCGUGCACGCGCUCGUGACCUGUUUGCGCAGGCGUUCAGGGUCUGCGCAGCUGCCAUUACUCCCUCGCUGCCGAGCAAAGCGGCUUGUCAGUAGAAGUCCGCGAGCGCAGAAGGAAGGCACCCACCCUGGAGCCAUGGUCCACGCCUUCCUCAUCCACACCUUGAGGGUCCCACAGGCCGAGAACACGGGACUUUGCCGAGUGCUCUACUCCUGCGUUUUUGGUGCCGAGAAUUCACCCGAUGACCCACGGCCACAUGGUGCUGAGAGGGACAGGCUCCUCCGCAAGGAGCAGAUUUUGGCCGUGGCCAGGCAGGUGGAGUCCAUGUGCCAGCUGCAGCAGCAGGCAUCCGGCCGGCCCCCUACAGACCUGCAGCCCCAGUCCUCAGAUGAGCCAGUGCCCCUGCAUGAGGCCCCACAUGGGGCCUUCCGCCUGGAGGCAGGGGACCCGUUCCAGGAGUCUCGGACAGUGGUGUGGCUGGGUGUGCUCUCAUUAGGCUUUGCUCUAGUGCUGGAUGCCCAUGAGAACCUUCUACUGGCCGAGGGCACGCUUCGGCUGCUGGCUCGCCUCCUCCUCGACCACCUCCGGCUGCUGGCCCCUGGCGCCAACGUCCUGCUGCGGGCUGACCGCAUCGAAGGCAUCCUUGUCCGCUUCCUGCCUCACGGUCAGCUGCUCUUCCUGAACGACCAGUUUGUCCAAAGUCUGGAGAAAGAAUUCAGUGCUGCCUUGCCCCGCUGACCCCUCACUGGGAUGGGACUUUUUGAGAGGGCAAGGAGAGAAUGGGGCUGUUCGAACACACACUGCCAGGUGAAACUUGGCAUUUGCCUCCUGCUCAGCCUGCUCCCAACUCUGGUGUGCUGCCACACCCAGGACAAGUGGAUGGGACAAGGUGGCAGAAAAGGUGGAGGGGAGGAAUCACAGAAUAUUCUGUGCCUGGAGCUGCCGCAUGACUUAUUUAGACUGCUGCUGUGGGCCAGCCCUGCUUGUAUUUAACCCUACUUCUCCCAUCCCCACCAGCUAGCCCCAGUGCUGGGGCAGUGAGGAACGGCUACCUGGAACUCAGCCCACCUUCUUCCAAACCCACAGUCAUCACAGUGCGAAAGGAUUCUGAGACUCCCAGGGUGGGGCAUCUGGCCCCUGCCUUUGCACCCACUUAAGCAACAUCAUCAAUAAAGAUUUUGUCGGUGAUGACCUGCUUGGUGUCCAGCCCCACCACAGUUCACAGAUGUGUCAGUCGUUCACCAGGGGAGGAUUCUGUAGGUCCUUUUGGGCCCAGCCCAUGCCCAUCAGGCAGCCUUGAGAUAAUGAUGGGCUUCCCAUGUCCACAGGGAGACAAAGUGCCAUCAGAUGGGUGCAAGAAGUCUGGCCUGGAUGAUGUUAUCUUGUUCAUUCUGAAUUCAAAGCACCAACUGUGAUUUCACCCUCCAUUUCUGUGAAUUUGAUAACUGCAUAUGCGCCUGUUAGUAAGUGCCUCUGUAUGGCCCUGAGCUGGGUGUUUGAGCCUUUGUGGUCAAGGUUGCCCCCUCUGUCUCCUUAGGUGCCUCCUUUGGAUGGUAGCACUUGCUUCCUCUACCACAAUGUGGUGAUUUGGUGUGGAUUCCUGAGAAGCAGAGCCUGAGAUAAGGAUUAGGUGCAAGCGCUUUAUGUGGGAGGUGAUCCCAGGAAGCACUGGAGGGGGAGGUAGCCCAUACAGAUGCAUUAUCAGGUGGGGUUGGGGUAGGGAGCUUAGUGCCUCUGGGGACCAGUGCUCAACAGUCCUCUCUGAACAUCACUUGAGUGAGAGCACAUGGGUGUUGGCUGCUCCCUUCAGUCAGUGGUCGUGAGUUGGUCCCAGGGCAAGUUCCCCGGCUCUUCCCCCAGAAAAAGCUCUCAGGCCCUGGGACUGCCUGAGCAAUGGUCAGGCCCAAAGGGAUAUGAGCGGGGCACCAAAAUGCUGUUAGGGAGUCUUUAAUCAGUUGUUCCUAGUGGUGGUUCAGAAUAAUUUCAUUGGAAAAAAACCUCACCUUACAUCUAUUUUUAUAAUCUGCUCUGUUAUUUGUGAGGUGUGACUUUCUUGCAUGGGCAGAACAAGCCUCUUCCUAGGCAGUCAGGGUGCUGGUGUCAGCCCCAUUUUAUACGUGCCAAGCAUCAGUUGCCCUUUGGCAUCCAGGAAGGACCCACCUGUACCCACUUAGGAGGCAGCGCCUGUAAUUGGGGUUUUGCCCUUCCGAGUCUGCAGCCAAGGUCACCAACCAUGCUGUGCCUUCCAUCACUACUAUCACCAUUGGGACGAGGCCACCUUCUCCACAAAUCACGUUGACCUUGAAGACCUAAAGGGACCUCAGGCUGUGUGUGGCAAGCCAUGCUACCGGAAAUGUCCCGCAGGUUCCCAGUGGGACACUUCUACCUUGUACAGCUUGCUCUUCUAGGCCGCCCCUCUCCUCAUUCUGGGCUGGUGGUCCUGGUGGAGUGACCAUGUUUUCACAAAAGCAGACCCCUCUGGCCUCUGCUGAAAGGCCCAAGCUUGGCUAGUCGGAAACCUUUCUGCCUAUUCUUCAUACUGAACUUGAGGAAGAGACUGAGACCAGCUCCCUUGAAAGCUGUGGGAAAUUGGGAUUAAGUGGGCUGAUGGCCUUACUUCCCACGAGUAGAGGAAACGUGCAGGGAAUGGCAGUGACUGAGACCCUGCCCUGGAGUCACUGAGCCCCUGGUUUUUAUUGUUCUAGAUGCCCAGUUAGUACCCAGAUUUCCUUAACCCCGAAGCUUGCCCAGUACCCUUUCCGUACAUUACCAGUUUUGGCCCAGCACCUCUGAGCCAGGGUUCCACCGCGACUUUUUAAGCUUACCUCACAUUCAUCGAGCCUGCCUGGGGCCUGACACUGCUAAGUGCUAUGUAGGGUACAAGAUGCCCCCAAGGGUCCAGGAGAGAGAGAGAGAGCUGGGCACAGAUGCCUGCUAUGCAAGCAGCAUAGAUUGACCAUCACUGAAUUGAUCCAAAGUGCUCUAAACAUCCAAAGGAUUUUCGCCUAUAUUAUCUCCUAGGAGUUUUAUAGUUUUGUUUAUUACAUUUAGGUUUACAAUCCAUUUUGAGGUAAUUUUUGUGAAGGUUGUAAGUUUUGUGUCUACAUUGAUUUUUGUUUUGGUUUUUUUUUUGUAUUGAUGUCCAGUUGUUCUAGCACUAUUUGUAUUGCCUUUGCUCCUUCAUUAAAGAUCAAUUGACUAUAUUUAUGUGGGUCUAUAUCUGGGCCGUCUUCCAGUCCAUUGACGUAUUUCUUCAUUCUUUCACCAAUACCACACUGUCUGAUUACUGUAGCUUUAUAAUAAACCUUGAAGUUGGGUAGUGUCACCUUUUUUCUUCUCCUUCAAUAUUGAGUUGAUCUUUCGCCUCUCUACAUAAACUUUAGAAUCAGCUUGUCAAUAUACACUAAUUAACUUGCUGGAUUUUGAGUGGGAUUGUUGUGUUUAAUCUAUAGAUCUGGUUGGGAAGAACUGACAUCUUGACAGUACUGAGUCUUCCUGUCCAUGAACAGGGAAUAUCUCUCCAUUUAUUUAGUUCUUUGCUCUCUUUCAUCAGAGUUUUGUAGUUUUUCUCAUAUAGAUCUUGUACAUAUUUUGUUAGAUUUAUACCUAAGUAUUUCAUUUUGUGUGUGUGUGGUGCAGAACAUAAGUGACUCUGUCUUAAAGCUAAUCCGCCAUCUUGACAUCUGGGUGAACCUGGACCCUUGAGCCCUCCCACUUCCCCUAUGAGCUCUGGCAUAUGAACACAGAGCUCUGGGCUGAUCACAGGACUCCCAUUUAUUUGCUCUCUGAAGCGGGGCACCCUCUAUAUUUCUCUUAACUUGUUCUGGCACUAGAGCCUCUCGGCUCCUGGUCCCUUUGAUUAUCCAUACAUUCUCACUGCUUUUUGCUAUAAAAAACAGAGUCUGGGGGGUGGAAGGCAUGGGGAACCAUUCAUCUUGCUGCCUCCUGAGACUGCUUUCUGUGUGAAAGUUCCCUAUUAAAUUCUUUAAAACUGCAAGCUGGACUUGUCUGCCUCAUUCUUUGGCCUCUUGGCUCCUUCAGCCACUUUGCAUACAUGGCCCUUUCACAAAACAGGUAUUAAUGUAAAUGGUAAUGUUUUUUAUUUCAAAUUCCACUUGUUCAUUGUUGGUGUAGAGGGAAGUGAAUGAAUUCUGAAUAUUAACCUU